CACAGAUAAUGCCGAGAUACGUCAAUAUUCCGUUUUCAGUUCUGACUGUCAUGAUUGGAAUUGGCUGCUCAGCCCAAGGUAUACCUGGAUCUAUAGGAGGUGUUGGAGGACUCCCUCGCCUUCCGACCAUUCCUGGUCUCGGGGGUCCUCCGUGCCUUCCUGGACUUGGGGGCAUUGGAGGUGUUCCAGGACUUGGAGGCACUGGGGCUCUUCCUGGACUUGGCGGCAUUGGAAGGCUUCCCGGUCUAGGAGGCACGCCCGGAAUCGGUGGCAUAGGCGGUCUACCUGGAGUCGGGGGACUAGGAGGUUUACCAGGAAUCGGAGGCAUUGGAGGUCUACCCGGAGUCGGGGGACUUGGAGGUUUACCAGGAAUCGGGGGCAUUGGAGGUCUACCGGGGGUCGGGGGCCUUGGAGGCCUCCCUGGCCUUUCGGGAAUUCCUGGGCUACCCGGACUGAGUAGCAUUUUCCCAAGGAGCAUCAAGUCUGACUCAAGCUCCAAAACACGUGCUGGAUCCAGUUCAACUCCAUGACGAUUCAUCGUUCACGCUCGCUUCCUGUAGCGCGUGGCUGCGAUUUCUCAAAUCACAUUCUGUUAAUACACCACUGGAAAACACUGUUUUGUUUUUCCAACUGUUUUACUGCUAUGACCACCUGUAUUGCAUCCUCUGUAUUAUUGUGCAUUGUUCUCGGCACUUAGGAGAA